GCAUCUUUUUUUUUGUUUUUCGCUCUGUCGCAGUUAAAAACAAAUGCGCGCACCACUCGAGUGCGUUUUCUUUCAACUUUCAGAGGCAAAUCGUAAAAAUAAUAGAAUGCGUGGAGUGAGCAGCGAAGAAAUUACACAUUGUCGGCAGCGAUUUCAGCGAACGCUUAUCAGUUAAGGAGGAAAAACAACAAAAUUGAGACACCGGCCGAAUAAAUAAGUAUAUUAACAAACAAGAGAAGGUCAGCUUUCCCUACUUUGAGAAAAAAAAAAUAUAUAUAUAUGAAGCUCAUUUUAAUAGGACUAUCUUUCGAGUGAGCCGUUGGUGCAGUCAGUCAGCCUUCAUCAACAUGGUCAAACAUUUUCAAACACCUAAAAUGCUACUACGAUUAUAUUCCUUAAUCGUACUAGGAUUAGAUUUAACCACACUAUUGUUUGGCAUCUCGUUAGCAAUAAUCAUGGCCUUGUACAGAACAUUCAGACCACCAUCCUUGAAAAAUAUUCAUGGAGAGGUAGCAAUGGUCAUCGGAGCUGGAAGAGGAGUCGGCAAAGAAACAGCUCUUCUUCUUGCUCAGCUUGGAGUCAACGUGGCCUGUGUGGAUAUUGAUUCAGAAAGCUGUCAGGCCACUGCUAACAGAGCCUUACAGUUAUCUGGCACAGCUAAGGCGUUCACCUGUGAUGUAACCAAUAAAAAACAAGUGUGUGAUACAGUACAAAACAUUAAAAUGGAAUUUGGAGACAUUACUAUGUUGUUUCACUGCUGUGGUGUACCAAGUCCCAGAGCUUUAACUGAAAACCCAGUUGAAAUACGAAAAACUAUGGACGUUUCCGUCAUCAGCCACUUUUUGCUUCUUGAUGCAGUUCUCCCAGGAAUGCAGUGUAUGAACAAAGGUCAUAUUAUCAUUUUAUCUUCAGUAGCCGGUUUAUCUGGAGGUAUCAGCCGUGGGUCGCGAAUCCCACUGUCAACGGCACAAUUCGCUCUUCAGGGCUUUGCGGAAUCCUUGCAGACGGAGCUCAGACACUCCAACAGUAACAUCAUCAUAACGCUCGUUCAUAUUUAUCCUUUCAUUGUUAGCGCGGAAGCUGCUAAGGAUAUUCAAUUCAGAAUACCGAGUUAUUUUGGGACUAUGCCGGCGACGGAAGUUGCAAAGCGAAUUUUAGACGGAGUACGAAGAAAUUACGCAGAGUUCAGCGUGCCCGGUUAUCUUUUGUACUUGGGACAUGUUUUGAGAAUACUGCCAAAAAAAGCAUCGUUCAUGCUAAGAGAUUUACUGGACACCGGAGUUGACUUUGCAUAGUUUGGAAAAAUAAAAAUUAAUUUUGAUACUCGUGAAUAUUUC